GUGCUGUUCUUCUUCUCGCUCUCCCUCCUUUUCCGGGUCGGGUUCUGCCUCGGAGUUCUGUUCUUCUUCUCGCUCCUCCUCCUUUUGCUCUUCGUCCUCCUCUACAACCGUCACUCCAGUCUCCUCUUUGUCCUCCUCUCUCCGACGUGAGGGUCUACCUCUCUUCCGGGUGGGCGUCACCACAACCUUCUCCUCCCGCCUCUGCUCUUGUUCCGAUGUUUUCUUUACCGGCGACUCCUCCGUUCUCCUUCCCCUCCUCUCCCUGGAGAUAGGCGCAGAAAUGACGAUCUCCACUUCCAUCCUCGCCCUCCUUUUACCACCACUGCGUGUAAGCGGGGUCUUUCUCCCCUCUCCAAAUGCUUCUGUUUCUUUCCCUCCUUCCCGGUCCAAAAAAGUGGGCGGCGUAGGUGGUGAACGUUGCAGGAGCAGCUCGUCCUCCGAGUCUCCUUCCUGCCCGAUUCGUCGGGUGCUCGUAGUCGAUCCACUUGCGGGCAGAGGAAUCUUCGACGGUGUCCGGAUGGGUGUAAUAAAAGAUGAACAAAGGUUCCGUUCGGAGCGCGAUCUUCCUUUGGAAGGCGACUCCAACUCCUCUUUCUCUUCGUCGGAUUCGAUGUCCAAGCGCCUUUUCCUACUCGACGAGUUCCUCCUCCCAUACUGCACAAGGACUUUCCCUCCCCUCUCCCUCCCUGCUCUCUUGGAAGGAGUGAAUGGAUCAGGCAAGGGUGAGUCUGCUCCCGAGUCACCAAGUUCUGGCGAGCCCGAGGGGGAAG